GUCGGGCAGCGGCGGCGCGAGCGAUGGCUGCGAACCGGGUGGGGAGGCGCCUGGGACGGGCUUCGCCGGCGCGCCCGGCCGGGCUGUCUCCGGGGGGCGGCCGCGCGGCGGACAGGACGCCCAGCCCCGGCAUCCAGCGGCGCCAGGCGAGGGUCACCGUCAAGUACGACCGGCGGGAGCUGCAGCGGCGCCUCGACACCGAGAAGUGGAUCGACGGCCGCCUGGAGGAGCUCUACCGGGGACAGGAAGCAGAGAUGCCGGACGAGGUGAACAUUGACGAUCUGCUGGAGAUGGCCGCAGACGAGGAGCGGGCCAAGAAGCUGCAGAGCAUCUUGGAGUCCUGCCACAAGGACACAGAGGACUUCAUCCAGGAGGUGCUGGGGAAGCUGAGGGGCCUCCGGACAGAGCACGUCCUCCGCCGGGCCAGCCCCGACAGCGGAGGCAGCGGCAGCCGGGAGAGAGCGGAGCAGGGCCCUGGGAGCCCCGGGGAGCGAGUGUGAGAGCCGCCUGAUCUUGCGGAAGGCUUUGCCGAAAGCCCCAGGGGUGGACUCCUGGGGGAGGACGGGGGGGGGGAGGGAGGCUGCA